AUGCUCAACAAGCAUCUCCCUGUUAACUACAACACAGAUGUUGACAACAAGGACCUGGCAGCCAUGGAAUCAGAUGAUUACAGCAAGUCUGGCAUGUUUGAGGAUGGAGAUGCAGGCAUUGAUGAGGUGGAUACUCUGGUAAGCUUGGCAGGGAUGAAGUCUCAUCAGUCAGCUCUCGCAAAGUCGUUAAGAUUGUCAGCUCCCCGGCUUGCUGACAAGCGUUUCGAUGUUCGUACUUGUUGGAACUCAACACAUGCAAUGAUGGAACAUGCUCUGGCACUUCACAGGGCAAUCAACAUGUGGGUCAGCAAAUGUGACGAGCUCUCCACGGAGUUUUCGAUCUCUCCCGAUGACUGGAAGCAGAUCACAACACUUCAUGUGUUGCUUCAGCCAUUUACAACUACAACACGCUUGAUUUGUACUGGGCAGGACCCCACACUUCCAUGGGUACUGCCAAGCUACGUAACAAUGCAGGAGCAUCUGGAAAUGUACAUCCACAGCAAUGACUUUGGCCUUGACAUCCGCAAAGCUGCAGCCACUGGCAAAGCAAAGCUGACAAAAUACUAUGAGUUUGCAAAAGGGUGUCAGCAUAAUACUCUUGCUGUCGGUGUGUAG